AAUGUUAAUAACAGUGACAGAAAUAAUAAAUCGAUAAUAGAUUAUAAUAAUAAUCAAAAUACAAUAUUGUUUUUUAAAAUAUGGAGAAACUCAGUUUUAAGAGAAGAAAUUUUAUCAUCACUACGACUGUAUAAUAUUCACUAUAACAAAAAAUUUAAUUUCAAAAAUAUGAAAGAUCUAUCAAGAUAUAGGUUUAAAAAUUUUAUAUCAAGUUUAUCAAUUUUAGACCAUAAUACAACUCUCGAAAUCGAAAACAAUGGUACCACAGAAAUAGAGGAAAAUGAAGAUGAUGAAUAUGAUGAAUACGAAAUUUUUGAAGAUGAUGACACCUAUUUUAAUAACCACAAUACUGGUGAAAUUAAUAAACUAUUCAAAUAUAGUUUACCGUCAAACUUGGAAAAGCUAUUAAUAGAAAGUAUAACAACAAGGAUAUGUAAACACUAUAAAAUCGAAAGAAUGCUUCCUAGUUCAUUAACCCAUAUCGAGUUUAACAAUUUUAAUAGAGUCAUACCAGUGGGCGCUUUCCCCAAGGGUCUGAAAACUAUAGUAUUCGGUCCAUUGUACAACCAACCUAUACUACCUGGUUUACUUCCACCCAGUUUGACAUUGAUAUCAUUUGGAUACAGUUUUCAACAAAACAUUCAAAAUAAUACAAUUCCUAAAUCAGUGACCCAUAUGUAUUUUAAUUUAAACUAUUCAGGUAUAAUAUAUCAAGUAUUGGACCAUUGUACAACAUUAGAAUAUAAAGUAAUGAAAGCAAGAGAUCUUUUAGAUAUACCAAAAUAUUGCCAAACUUUAGAGUUUAUAAACUUUAAUGAGCAUAUUCAUCCAAAUGUAAUUCCUCCAAGUGUCACAAAAAUUAAUUUUGGUAAUAGAUUUAAUUUACCAUUGGGACUAAACUCGUUGCCUCCAAACCUUAGAUCACUUUCUUUCAAUAAAAACUACUCUCAAAGAAUACCUUUUCUUAGUAGCACCCUAACCGAAUUAACAAUGGGUGAUUAUCCUCCAAUUUCCUGGCCCCUUUCAAUUACAAAGCUAAAAUUUGGUCAAUUUUACAACUCAACAAUGCAUUUAUUACCUAGAAGCCUAACCCAUUUAGACAUCUCGGAAUUUUCAAUUAUUUAUGAUAACUAUAAUGUAUCAUUCCAACCAUACUCUUUACCAAAAAAUUUAACCUCAUUAACUCUAGGUGAUUAUUACACUCAAGUCAUACCAAAAAAUGCAUUGCCAGAUACAUUGUUAAGUCUAACACUUGGUUCAAAUUUUAACCAUUCAUUUAAUCCUCAAUUCUUACCCGACAGUUUAACUUUCUUAUCUCUUGGAAGCUCUUUUAAUCAAGAUUUAUCAUAUGAAAAUUCUCUACCAAAAAAUUUAAAAAUAUUAGUAUUGCAAGGUAAAGCUUCACCAAUUUUAAAAUAUUCAACCCUACCAAAAAAUUUACAACAAAUU